GUUUAUCUACCUCGCCGGCUCAACACUCGUCCUAGGAAUGAAGCGAGUGCUGAUUUAAAGAAACACACGCAAUAGACUGAAGACCUGACGCAGGUGAAGUAGAGACAGGACACUUUCUGACCGCAUCCGCAGCGCACCAUGAGGGAAAUCGUCCACAUCCAGGCUGGGCAGUGCGGAAAUCAGAUCGGGGCGAAGUUCUGGGAGGUUAUAAGUGAUGAGCAUGGCAUCGAUCCCUCUGGUAGCUACCAAGGUGACAGUGACCUGCAGCUGGAGAGGAUAAAUGUCUACUACAAUGAAGCCUCAGGCAGCAAAUUUGUCCCCCGUGCCAUUCUGGUUGACCUGGAGCCAGGAACCAUGGACUCAGUCCGCUCCGGGCCUUUUGGACAGCUCUUCAGGCCUGAUAACUUUGUCUUUGGUCAAAGUGGAGCAGGAAACAAUUGGGCCAAGGGUCACUACACUGAGGGAGCCGAGCUGGUGGACUCGGUGCUGGACGUCGUGAGGAAGGAGUCCGAAAACUGCGACUGCCUCCAGGGCUUUCAGCUCACCCACUCACUGGGUGGAGGCACAGGAUCAGGAAUGGGUACCCUAUUGAUCAGCAAGAUCCGUGAGGAGUACCCCGACCGCAUCAUGAACACCUUCAGCGUCAUGCCUUCUCCUAAAGUGUCCGACACCGUGGUGGAGCCAUAUAACGCCACUCUCUCUGUCCACCAGCUGGUGGAAAAUACUGAUGAGACCUUCAGCAUUGACAACGAAGCCCUGUAUGAUAUUUGCUUCCGUACCCUGAAGCUGACAACACCUACCUAUGGAGACCUCAACCACCUGGUAUCAGCCACCAUGAGCGGGGUGACCACCUGCCUCCGCUUCCCUGGACAACUCAAUGCUGACCUUCGUAAACUAGCCGUGAACAUGGUGCCCUUCCCACGCUUGCAUUUCUUUUUGCCCGGGUUUGCUCCCCUCACAAGCAGGGGCAGCCAGCAGUACCGUGCCCUCUCAGUGCCAGAGCUCACACAGCAAAUGUUUGACGCCAAGAACAUGAUGGCGGCCUGCGACCCUCGUCACGGACGCUACCUGACUGUGGCAGCCAUCUUCCGUGGACGAAUGUCGAUGAAGGAAGUGGAUGAACAGAUGUUGAGUGUGCAAAACAAGAAUAGCAGCUACUUUGUGGAGUGGAUCCCAAACAACGUCAAGACGGCCGUUUGCGACAUCCCUCCACGUGGCCUCAAGAUGUCUGCCACUUUCAUCGGCAACAGCACAGCCAUCCAGGAGCUGUUCAGAAGGAUCUCCGAGCAGUUCACCGCCAUGUUCCGUCGCAAAGCCUUCCUCCACUGGUAUACCGGAGAGGGAAUGGAUGAGAUGGAGUUCACUGAGGCCGAGAGCAACAUGAACGACCUGGUGUCCGAGUACCAGCAGUACCAGGACGCCACUGCUGAUGAAACUGGCGAAUAUGAGGAAGAUGAAAUGGAGGAUGAGGAAGAAGUCCGCCCGGAAGUUCGCCACUGAUUCUAAAGCGACAUGACACUGAGUGAACCAGUCUGCCAAAAUCGUAGUUGUUGUUGGACAGUGAAGUGAGAUCAAAAGAAGUAAGCUAGCAAUGCAGAUAUUCAACUUUAUUGCAAUGAAUGCACUUCAUAAUGACAUAUAGCUUUUUCUUUUCUUUUUUUUUUUGCCAAAAUUGUAUUGCAUAUAGAGAUGGCUUAUAGUGACAAAGAUUACGAGGGGUGUUAGAACUUAUAUAUAUGCAAGUACGAUAGUAAUGGGUUUUCCUAUCAUGCC